CUCCACUUCCCAGGCCAGAGCAAAGGUACAGUUUCGCUACCACGCUACGUCGUUUGCGUUGCGUCCAUUCAAAUCUUAGCCCGAAUACAAGUUCGCCCGGCUUUCCGACUUUCCAACACCCCCGAGCCAUUGAGCAUAGUCAUCGCCAUAUCCGAAUCUGCGGAGCAUCUGCGCACGUUUAGGUGUCGUCAAGACGCGUUCAUACCUGCCAUGGCCGACGUACGAUCCCUCCUCCGUCAACAACGUGCUGCCAGACGAAUCGAGCACCCUCAUGCCGCCUACUCUGAUGCGGGCAAGCUCCUCUGCACCCUUUGCCACGAGGUGAUCAAGUCCGAGUCUCUUUGGGACAGCCAUAUCCGUGGAACCGGGCAUACGGCCAAGGUCAAGGUGGUGCAACAAGCGUCCACGAGCGCGAGCGGAUCGGCGGCUGCAGACGGAGUGUCCUCGAACAAGCGGAAACACGACUCGGAUGAGGAUAUGGAAGAUGACGACGCAGCCGAUGCGGUGCGGAAGAAACGAAGCAAGGGGAAUAUGGGCACUCCUGCUCGCCUGUCCGCUGGCGAGUCAGACCGCGAUCGCAAGGACGUAACACUCACACCACCUUCGCUAAAUCGCCGAACGUCCACCACACCAGUCCAGGGGGUUGAGAUUCAGAUACCAUCGCGCCCGCAUACUCCUGCGCAUAGAGAUGCGACUUCUUCAGUCUCAACGCCCAUUGUGCAGCCCGUUGGUCCCUCGCCAUUGAUUCCGCAAGAGGAGUUGCCGACGAAGCCGGUCACUGCUGGCCCGGCAACUCAACAGAAUGGCACGGCUGGGAAGACUGCUGGAGGGGUUGUUGACGAGGACGAGUGGGCAGCAUUUGAGGCCGAUAUUGCUGCGACAGCAGCGCCGUAUUCGGAGGACGCCGUCAUUGCUGCACCAGCCAUGACGGCCGAGGAGACUGCGGCAGCAGCGAAGACAGAGGAGGAGGAACAAGAAAAACGACGUCUGCUUGCGGAGAAAGACCUACUUGAUGAGAAAGAGGAGGCUACUCGGGCACUGGAAACAGAGUUCGAGGAUAUGGAGGAGCUUGAGGCUCGAGUUCGGAGAUUAAAGGAGAAGCGGGAGGCUUUGAGGAAGCAGAGCUUCACGGGCACCAGUGCGCCUGUCGAAAAGCCGGCUGAAGCCAGUGGCAAAGAAAACGUGGAAGUCAAUGACGGCGAGGAAGAGGAUGACGAAGACGACGAGGACGAGGACGAUUUCAUGGGCUUCCGAUACCGCUCAUGACAAUCGCCUUGUUCAGUUGAGCAUUCUUUUGUCUUUGUUCCAAGCCCCCGAUCAUUUCUCCAUGGGAACCUCAGACGUUUUAUGUGUUGUAUAAAUACUGUAACUUUACACUUUCACUUCUGGUUAGUAAAUUCAACGUCCCCAGGC